AUGGCUACGACAAGCAUGGACCUGAUCCCGCAUUGCGCCCUCUGCGCAGGGAAAUUCAGGAACCAUCAUGGCACGCAUCCGCCUCAAGGUCCCCUUCACUGGUCUACAACCGCCCGAUCAGUUCAUGGGCCAGAUGGGCGCGAGGAAGACACUGAGCCACGGGUAACAGGCCUCGGCUAUGUUACUCGACACCGUGUGGCAGCUCGCCUCGACUAUGACAUUGGCUAUGCUGAUGCUGUAGGAGAAGAACCAUUUCAGCUGCAGCACCUACUCUUCCCCAUCGACAAAGUCAGAAAUUUUAGCAUUCACGAGUUCUGUUGGCAGUUUCUGCUCAGCCGAAUCAAGGCUGAAACCGGCUCUGAACCGGAUCCCAGACGGGUUGGUGUCCUUCUUUUCCACGUUCUACAUUCCCUCCCAUGGACGAGGCUUGGGGCUUUAGUACCCGAUCACGAAUCCUUCGGCGCCCUUAACAUACUUCAAACCGCCCGAGGUACAUCGGAAUUGAUGGAAGACCCAGAUGAGGGCAUGACGCCAGUACUAGAAGUCAGCAGAGGCUUCGUACGGCCAUCACUACAGAGCAUGAUGGAGGCUGUUGCAGACUUGCUUCCGCCCGAUAUGCCCCAGCAGCCCAAUGAAUCAUCGAGUUGCGGCAUGUUUGAAAAGUUUCCAGACGAGCUCAUCGCGCAGAUCUUUAAAUUGCUUCCAUCCAAAGACGCGUGCUCCUUGAGGCUUUCCUGCCCACGCCUGGCUGCUCUCUCAGCGCCACUCCCUCAAGAGUUCUGGGCCUCUCGUUUUCUCCCUGACAAAGAAAUGGGGUUCCUUUGUUUGCCAACAAGCUCCUCAGCUACACGCCAUCGAAACUGGAUGGAAGUAUAUCAGUUGUGUAAAUUGAUCAUCAACGACGAUCGCACUGCCACAUCCUUCAAGAAUCGCCGGCGAAUUUGGCGCUGCCUCGAAGAUUUUUCCAUAAUUCUCAGUGCUUUGUUGGAUGUCGAUCUUCCCCCGUGGGAGGUUGUGAAUCAGAUUUCGCCUUUCGGACAUCUGGGAAGACGAGUUGCAUGCCCUGAGCUCCCUGACCAUUAUGACUCUCUCGAACCCUUUGGGCAGUACGUCACGAUGGGUACUCGGCUUCGAAACGAAUAUGUCAUCUUCUUGGAGAAUGAUGGCCAUUUUGAUUCAACUUUGAUAGAGAUCUCUUCCAUCUCUCUUGUAAGCAGUACAUACAUCUCGGGCAUUCGAGUUUCUGUCCAAUCCGCAGACGGCCAGUCGAGAGUCACUGGGCAGUGUGGUUGCAUCGUCUCAUCAAACCUCACGUCAAUUACUAUCGGGUCUGGAGAUUCAAUAUCGAGCAUUGAUGCCUUUAUUUCUGCCUCUGGAAUCCAUUGUUUAGAGUUCUCCAUCACCAGACAUGAUGGCCAAGAAUACGUACAAAGCGCUGGAAACCAGAGAUAUCCUGGUUUAGUCGCCACGACGAAACUGGUCCCGCAAUCCGCGGCCAUCGGUUUCGUUGUUGGAUUUGAUCUUUACAAAGCCGUCUCGAUCCAGCUCAUCGAAGAAGCAUAUAUCCCAAGGCCCAUCUCGAAAGCUCCUGUCCUAUGGAGCCCCCAGAUGCCAUACAAGUUAGGACCAGACAAAAACGGUCAACCUUCGUUUUCGCCAGCAUUCACUGUGAAUCUCCACAUUCCCUUGGGGGGACCAGAUGGUUCCAAGCUGUCCUCUCUUUGUUCUAUCACGGCUUACUUCCAUGGGCGCAGGGGCAUGUAUGGCCUUGAACUCGCUUAUGCGGAAGGAGACUCAGUUUUGUAUGGCACUAAAGAGACGAAAGGGCCAAGGGGAGAAUCGAUAAAUUGUGUAGCCCAGACUUUUGUCAUAGACGGGCCGAAUUCGGAGAGAAUUAUGCUGCUCUCUGAAGGUAGGAUGCUAAGCGACGCCCCUGUGAUAGGCAACAUUCAGAUUUGGACCAACUUUGGAAGAAGUUAUACUUUUGGUGCUUCUAAUGGCGCCUCCGUCAUAUAUGGGGAUGCCAUGGAAGGCCAAGGCCCCCUUGAGUCUAUAACGAUCGAGGUCAAGCCCUACAUAUCAACGAACAUCGUCAUCAGACCGGGAGGUAACUUACCUGCUACACCGGCCAUGGUUCAUGCCUGUUCGUGGAUGCAACAGAGAGAAGGUUGUUGCCCUACCACAGCGUCUCUAAAACGUAUCAGCUGUAUCCACGUCUCUAUGGGUACCGACAGUGGAAGCUCCCGUUCCAAGAACCAUAUCAGCGGCCUGUGGAUUGAGUACGAGGGCGGUAGAGGCGACGUAGUUGUUGGCCAGUGGAUGAAGGAGAGAACAUGCUUUCAGCUCAACCCAGGCGAAAGAAUUCUUGAAGUUGCCGUCUGGACCACAAUGGAGGUGGAACUGUCACGUUCCAUUGAGCGAUUCGGGAAAGUUGUCGGCAUUACGUUUACAACAACUCAGAAUAAGUUCGAAUUGCGCCUGCCGCAGUACUCCGGAGUUCCGCAAUCGUAUCUGCGGUACCAUUCAACGGUUUACGAAGAAUUGGACUCCAUUACGUGGGUAUUUUGCGAGGCCUUGGACGAUAUCCAAGUUCGGAUGACGGCCAGUCCAUUCUUGUCAACUAGGAUGCUUGUCUUGUCGCAUGCCGCUCGGACUGAGCGCCCAUUGGACUUGGCUGAAGGGAUUACGCGACUUUAUCUCUCUCCCCCCAGCUUGACAUUCGAUGCUGCUUUGGCGCACCCUGUUGAGGCCGCCAUGAGACAUGAGUUUACUCGUGAGACUUUCUUCUUUCAGAAUGCGGACGAGAGCAAAAGGCUCUCAUCAGUAGGGAGAAUCGAUAUAUCUUCCGAUCGACAUGGAAACUGGACUGGGCUCGGUUUUCAUUACCGUAACAGGCAAUCAAUUCGUCACGGCAUAUUCAACGGCAACCAGUAUACACUGCAACUGGAUGCCCUCAGAGGCGAGACACCCGCCGUCCUCGUCGUUUUCAACAUGUUGGGUCAUGGAAAAGGUUUCGGGAUUCAAACAACUCUGGGCCGCACGGCCAGGGCUGUGCCUCGACAGGUGCCCAUCCUGUCUGCUGCAGUCUUUGCGCUUCUUCCUGAUGUGCAAUUCCCCGGCGCGGAGGCGUUGGGAUGUCGACAAGAUCAGGUGAGGUAUCAUGCCUUCCCGGAGGCCGGGCCUGAUGGCUACGUCCCGGAGAAGUGUGUGGGAAUUUGGGUGGUGUCUCCUUCCCACCGCUCGGCAUGCGAAAUUGAGGACGUAGGUCCCAUAUACAUGUGA